AUGACAAACCGGAAGUGCGUGAGGCGGAACGCUGACUUGCUUUUGUUGACACUUGAAACGUUGAAGUUUGGUAAGAUUUCAGCGCUAGUUUAGCUGCUUCACUGUUCCUGUAAAUGUAAAGGACACAAACGCACAUUGUGGCAUUCAACGUGGCGCGUUAGAGAUAUUUUUUGUGGCUGCGUUAUGGUAAAAAAUGAUAAGAAAGAAGCGGUGUGAUACUAACGAUGCAGCGUUGAGUGAUACUUUCACUUUCAUGUCGUGGUAAUUACGAGGCGGUAAACCUGCCUCUCAGGUUGCUGUCACUGACCCGUGUAUUCCGCCCAUUUCUCAACAUCAAUCGACAUAGCAGUGUCGCCCCGGUAGCUUCAGGGAAGCAGCAUGUACCCACGGUCUUCUGGGGGGCGACCAGCCCCCUACACACCGCCCCCCGAGUCCCGAGGCGCAUAUGGCAGCCACCCCUCCGUCGCUGGCGACAAAAGAGUCAACGUGCUCCGACCUUAUAAAUGGGAACCAGCACCAGACAUCAGCCCAAGACGUCCCAGGUUCAUGCCCACCCCGACAUUGGGUCACAAGAGACGGUUUGCGAAUCACAGCCCCCACACAGUGAAGCGCCAAUGCAUUAAUUCCAGCCCUCAGUUACCGAUGGAUUCACCUCAUUUAUCGGGUCGUGGUGAAGUUGUCGCUGGGUCUUCUGGAAUUCCUACAGUUCAGCCUCACCGUAGCCCACAACCGGUCCUGGAGUUACCUUUGAAACCUCCUUUCAUACAGGCCUUGGAGGAAUAUGUGAAGGACAAGCUUAGUCGCCAGAUGAUGGGUAUGUUUGUGGCGUGUCACCAACAACCACCUGAUUUCCUGCGAAAGGAGGCUAUGAGAGCGCUGCUGCACCGAGACAUCAGUGUGUACUAUCCAGGGGCACGACUUUUCUUGACUGGCUCUUCAAUGAACGGGCUCGGAUCUCGGACCAGUGAUGCUGAUUUGUGUUUGCUUCUUGAGGGAAGUAGAGCGCCUCUCCAUGUUCUUGAUGUCCUCCUGAGACUCUUCAUCUGGUUGCCGUACAUUCAGCACGUUGUUUUGGUCAGAGCCAAAGUGCCGAUCCUCAAAUUCAAAGAAAGAGGCGGUGACCUGGAGUUUGAUCUGAAUGUCAAUAACACGGUCGGCAUCCGUAACACAUUCCUCAUGAGGAGUUAUGCAAAUGCUGACCCCAGGGUCGGGCCCAUCGUGCUUGUCGUGAAAAAAUGGGCUCGAUACCAUCAAAUCAACGACGCCAGCCAAGGGACACUAAGCAGCUACUCACUGGUGCUGAUGGUGCUGAACUUCCUCCAGACGCGCCAAACCCCGGUUAUUCCGUCUCUGCAGAGAGACCACCCAUGCUUCAAUCCAAACAUCCCAAUCGACGCUGUCCCUGAAGCAGCUGACAAAGUCCCUCGCUACCUCUCCGGGAACAAAUCGUGUCUGGGAGAGCUCUUUCUUGGUUUUCUCAAAUACUAUGCCACAGAGUUCAGGUGGGACAAGCAGGUCAUUUCUGUCCGAGAGGCCUGCGUCCUCGACACAACAGACUCUCUGCAAUGGAAGAACAAAUACAUCUGUGUGGAAGAACCGUUCGACAGAACCAAUGUGGCCCGGGCAGUGCAUAAGGAGGACAAGUUCAAAGCCAUUAAAGAUCAAUUCUUAGAGUCAUGGUGCACUCUGCGAAGAGAGAAGGACCUCAGCUCCAUCCUUCCUGUGCAAGCGCUCAUUGCUGAAGACAACUGUAAGAGAUGAUGAUGACCUCCAGGUGGAGCUUGUCUUCACCUUUAUUUGAGGAUGGGUUCACUCCAGAGCUCAGCUUCUUUUACUCCCCCUGCUGGAGCUGCGUCAUCCCCAGUUGGUGAAGGGCUUAAACAACGUAUACAUAUGUAACGUCUGCUCAAAUCCAGAAGAGUUGGUGGUCAUGCGAAUGCUGGGCAUUGCAUUGAGAGUUGUUACGUACAUGUCGUCAUGUGCGUAUUGUGUGUGUGUAUUCAUUUGCUAUGUGAUGUCCAUACAGCCGUAUGGAAGCUACAUUUGGAUACCCACUGUUUGUUUUAUUCUUUUCAUCAUGCUUUGUAAAAUAAGCUUCAGGUGGCCUCUUUGCUUUGUCAUGAUGUUGCAAUCUUGUACAGUGGACACUGUUGGAUAAAUAUACUGUGUUUUGUAUGACACCAGACAUCAGGGCGAUUUGUAUGAUUUUUUAAAAAACAUUUUUUCUAUGUAUUUCUUUAUAAAAUGUUUAGACAUUAAAGCACGAAUCAUCUGUUAUGAAUUUGUGGAGCACAUCAAUGCCGCCUUUUUGGCUUCCUUCGGAUUUGUGGAAGUGUCUGUACAGGCAUUUUUCAUGUGUUUCAGAGCAUGUCGGACCUGUCGCAGGCCCUGUGUUCGACCCAGGACAUGGAGAUUUAUGUCUCUUACUUGACUUGGGGGAGUGAAAUGGAUGAAUAUUCCAAUAAAUGUUCACCGGCUUCUAAUCGUCU